AUGGCUUCUCAGGCUUCCAAUGUAGUCCGCCCUAGCGACGCCGAGCUACUGCAGGCACAAGCCGACCUAUGGUGGGUCAGCCUCUCCUACCUGACGCCCAUGUCACUGAGGUGCGCCGUGGAGCUUGGCAUCCCCACGGCGAUCCACCGCCACGGCAGGGCUGCCUCACCCACCGACCUGAUCCCCGCGCUGUCCCUCCCGUCCGCCAAGCUGCCGUUCCUUCGCCGCCUGCUGCGGCUUUUGCCCGUGCGGGCGUGUUCGCCGUCGACAAGACCGCGGCGGAGGAGAGGUGCACAUCAACCACACCUCUCUGGUGCUCGCCUGUACCUCGACGCGCUACCUCGAAGCGGCGAUGGGGUUGGCCGAGUUGUUCAAGAAGGACGUGGUGACGCCGCCAUUCGAGGAGCUGGCGAGCUGCAUGGGGCGACUCUGUUCCAAGAGAGCCUGGAGAGCCUCGACGCCGAUUUCCACAACAUGGCAAAUGAAGACAUGGACGCCCACGACAACUUUGGGAUUGAGAUCGCACUGCGGGAGUUCAGGGACUUGUUUGAGGGGAUUCAGUCGAUGACCUACUUCUGUGGUACCUCUGGUGAUGACAAGUUUGCCAGGGCCAUUGUCAAGGCCUUCCCACACAUAAAAUGCACUGUGCUGGCACCUCCAAAGAUGAUUGGCGCCACCAAACCGGAUGAUGGUGCGAUGAUAAACUAUGUCGAAGGUGACAUGUUCAAUUUCAUUCCACCUGCUCAAACUGUGGCGCUAAAGCUUGUGCUGCACCACUGGACUGAUGAGGACUGCGUGAAGAUCCUGGCUCAAUGCCGGAAGGUAAUUCCUUCACGAGAGGAUGGCGGGAAAGUUAUCAUUGGUGAUAUUCUGAUUGACCACUCUGGGCCUAUGUUGGAAACUCACCUCUUAAUGGACAUUGGCAUGAUGACCAUGACAAAAGGACGGCAACGGGAUGAAAAUGAAUGGCGUGACAUCUUCAUGAAAGCAGGGUUCAGUGACUAG